UUUAACAGGUUAGAGGGAAGCUUAUAACCAAUCAGAAAUAAGGGUAACAGCCAAUCAGCACGCGACUUCUAUUUCAGCUUGGAGUGUGUGUUGUUAAAGUUAUUGUGUGCGGCUGUGGAUGUGUUGGUUGCCUGGGCUGUUGCAAUGUGUGUCUGUAUAUGUAAGCGUGCGUAAGUUUCACUGUUGCAGCGUGAGUAUGCCAAGUUCUCUCGCUCCGUUUGUAUGUGUGUGAAACUGCAUACGUCUUCACAAGUGCUCGAUGGCUGCCACACACAAGAAGAGCUGUACCAUUUUCACUAUCGUCGCCACAACUUCAAAGCAUGCUUGCUUCUAAAUAUAUUCUUUAACACAGACUUUGCUCUCUAUCUACUGACCUGACAACUGUUAAGCUGCGUGAUGUGUUCCACCGGCUGAUUUCUUACCGCUUGUCAAGAUCAGUGCCAUCAAAUAUAUAAAUAAUAUAUAUAUUUAUAUCCAUAACAGUUUGCACAUAACGCAUCUCGAGUCUUUGAUGCUCCAUACCAACUCCUGAUAUAAAACGACGUCACAUCCCUUGCACCUACCACAUUUUUUUAACUAUCUGUUCCCGUAUACCAACACCGAUAUUGGAAGAACUUAACCUUCGAGCUGAAAAGGAUUAAUGCUGUGUACAUAAUGGCUUCGUUACAGGAUACCGAUGGCUGUAUGGGAAGCACUGGGAUCAGUUGAGAGGAUUAACUGUACUGUAUGUAAGAGAAAGCUUUCUUAAUAGUGUUUGUGCGUGCGUGUCUGAGUGUGAGUUUUGUUAUUUUCUUCCCGAUAUUACCAUGACCGGUUGGCAACAUCUUAAAGUGAUAUUCAGGGAAAACAAUGUUCAAAUGUAACCGUCUCCAGGAAUUUCUCUUGUAGAGAGUGAGAGAGAGAGACAGACAGAUUGCAUCGCUAAUGCAAAAUAUUGAGAUGAAAAUGUGAAAAGAAAGCGGGUAAAAAGACUAGAAACAGCGCAAUACUUGUAAACAAUGGAUUUCUACAGAUCUAUUUAUAUUUUUCUUGAUACAAAUCUAGAUUGAUCUGAUCUACAACUUAUGAUAUACCGAUCGGAUUCUUCUUAAAUCCUUUACACCUAAUAUAUGUACUGUAAAAAAAAAAAAAAGAGUAGUCGAUUGUUUACCCACAGGCUUUCCAGUGGUCCCCCAAAAGGUGUAUGCUUCUAUAACUGAUAGAAAUACAUAAUUUAGAAUAUCUUCACAUCUUCUCAUGAUCACCUGUGCUCCUACAAAAACAGUCUGAAUUUCUGAAACCUAUGUUAACAAUUUUAUUUCUGUUAAAUCUGAUUGAAGACAUUGAAGCUAAGACUGCACGAAAGAAAAUAUACAUGUGAAAAUCACAGAUUUUAAAAGUUUUAUGAACUCCCUUUUUUUCACUUCGUCAUCAUUGUUGGGAAGAACUGAAGUGUAGUUUCGAACUCAUGACAGCAUGGUCAGCGAAUCCGCAUAAGCAUUUAACACCUCUUAUUCUCAUAUCUCCGUUCAGUGUCAUUAAAAAUUACAGGCAUGAAUGUAUCAAUCUAUGUUUAAACAACAACGUAAUUUGAAAUAAUAAUAGAAAAUAGACACAAAACAAAAAGAGCAGGCGUUCAAAGACAACUUGGAAACAACUGACUGUGUAUGUCAGUUGGGUUAUAAAAAACAGAAUGGCGAAAAAUUGCGCUAAAAUCGGUGUCAAUCUACGAGUCACCGAGACGGGACACCAAGGCGGUCGCAAGCACAUGGAGGACACGUACGCUGUCCACUUUGAGAGAAACCCUAACACGGGCCAAGCAGAGUUUGCCUACUUCGCCAUCUUCGACGGCCAUGGCGGAGGUGAGGCAUCGAAUUUUGCCAAGAACCAUCUUUUGGCAGAAAUCAUAAAAUAUGAAUCUUUUUGGAAAAGUAACGACGACAAUCAAGUGAUGGAAGCGAUCAAGUUAGGAUUCCUGGAUACACACAAACUUAUGGCCAAAGAACUAGAUAACUGGCCCAGAACUCUCAGUGGGUUCCCCAGCACAUCAGGAACAACGGCCAGUAUUGCAAUUAUAAAGCGCAGCAAGUUAUACAUCGGACAUGUUGGAGAUUCUGGAGUAGCUCUUGGUUUCCAAGGGGAGCAUUCUGAUAUUCAUGCUUUAAUGUUAACUAAAGAUCACAAACCCGAAUGUCCUGAAGAACGUAAACGAAUAGAAGAUUGUGGCGGUGAAGUUGUAACUAAAGCUGGUGUACAGAGGGUGGUGUGGAACCGGCCUAAGCUUACUCACAAAGGACCUAUUAGACGUAGCACAGUUACGGACAAGAUACCUUUUUUGGCUGUGGCACGUUCUUUAGGUGAUUUGUGGAGUUUCAACUAUGCUUAUGGAGACUUCAUUAUCUCUCCAAUGCCCGAUGUAUCUGUCCACAACCUUCUUCCCAAGAAUGACAAAUGCCUAAUUUUGGGUAGUGAUGGCCUUUGGAAUAUGAUGACUCCCCUUGAAGCUGUCAUGGUUGUUUUGGAAGACGAACAAAAGUUUGAUGAACUUGUAGUUAACGACAUAUUGUCCCCCUUGACAUACUGGAAUAACCCAGCAGAACACUUAGUCAAUUUUGCUCUUCAAAAAUGGCAUGAACGGAUGCUGAAAGCAGAUAAUACCACUUGUGUUGUUGUUAUGAUUGAUACUAUGGGACCAAGCAAAUUAGAACGCUUACGGCGCCGACGAGAAGAACACAUCCAACAGCUAAACAAACAACACAAACUGAGCAUGGACAUCAAUGCUUAUCUAAAACAACACUUGCUGCCUAAUGCUAAUAAUGGUCAGUGCCAUGCACCUGUUCUGACUGCUACACCAAUAACCGCUGGCCAGAUACAGGUCAAGGUUCAGGGAGAAAACCUGUCUUUAGAAAAUGACAGAACUAAAGUUAAUUCCUUACUACUUAACACAUCCAAUGUUGACAUAAAUGACUGCAGGUCUGAUUCAGAGACUAACCCCUCUCUUGAUCACAAUUCCAUCACUGAAUCUUCAGAAAACAACAACUUAGAUGCUUCUCCUUCCUGUUUAGCAGAUACAUCAUCAGAUGGAGAUAUAACACCCGAAAUUUCUAUUUGUAAAGAACCAGAAAAUCUGUCUGCUGGCAAACUGUAUCGUACAUCAAGAAUGCGGUUUUCUUUGUGUUUGUCUGGAGAAGAUGAUGAUGAAAGUAGUGAUCUAGGGAGUGAUGGCUCUCGGUGUGCUGAGACUGGAGAAAUUGACCACAAUGCUAAUAUCUGUGAUGACACUGCACCAAGUGAAAACAAAGAGACUGCUGCUGUCAAAAGCAAAGACUUUUCUCUAAGUAGCUUGUCAGUAUCCACGUCUCCGCUUGUUCAAAGGCGGCUUAGUCUACGACCAAAUUUGUUAAGAACACGAACUCACAAGAUUGAUGAUAAGCUAUGUAAAAGUAGAUUGAGUGAUAAAGUCACCUUAAAAGAGAAGGUCACACCGAACAAAACUAUUUUAUCUCGUGGUAAACUUGAUUUCAAAGAAAAGCUUACAAAACGCUUCUUCAGCUCACAUUUGUUCGAUACACAAAAUAUUUCUGAAAGCAGUGGCUCUCACCUACGGUCAGCUAACAGCACUCAAAAUCAACAUUCCCACUUAAACAUAUCAGAAGAAAUCUCUUCUCAAAAGCUUUCAGAAAUGGCGACCAGAAGCAAGCGAAAGACAAACUCUGUUCCAAAUAGAACUUUGUCCUUGAACUGCAUGCAGUUCCCAACCAGCAAAGAAAAGAAGUGUAAUUCCGAAAAACGGCAUGUUCUGAAACGGUUUUUGGCCUGGCAACAGCAAUUAAUUGGUGAUCAUAAAUCAUCUAAACCUCACCAUCGCAACAGUAAAAGAAAACAUGACUCUGGAGAAACUUCAGCUGAAAACGUUUGCAUAAAACGCUCUUGUAAAUUUAACUUACGAUUUAGCCACACACCAUUGAGAAAGGAACAAUCAAGCAGUAGUAUCAAAGUAGAUGGUUAAGAGCCUUUAAAUUGGCUUUGUGAUCUUUAGUAGCUUAUUCUCUUGGAUAUUUAACUGCUAUUGGAAAGACUUCUAAAGUAUUAUUUAACAGAGAACCAAAAUGUCUAAGAAUGUUAAAUUUUAGUUUAAACAAUAAGGAUCAGAAUGAACAGAACUUUUUUUUCCCCACUCAUUUAUAUCUUACACAAAAAGAAGCAUUUCAAUUUCUGUUCAUACAUUUUUAAUACUUUCAUCUUUAUUUGACAUAUAAAAUAUUUUUAUUCAUUACA